AUGACGCAGUACGAUUGCUCAAACAAUCUCGGUUACCGUCUACGGCGACGACGAGAGGUACUGACACAAAGAAAGUGUAUCGUGGAUGUGAGCUUUGUGUUAGGGUUAUUAGGGAUUGUAUUAGUUGUCAUUGAUACAGAACUUGUGCUAUCAGGGAAAAUUGAAGCCGAUUCCUCUGCGUCUACGGCCAUACGCGUAUUCACUACUAUUACUACCGUUUGUUUGUUAUUUAGCAUCAUUGCGUAUCAUGCUACCGGUCUACGACUGUACAUGGCUAGUGCUGGGUUUGAAGACUGGCGUCUAGCCAUGACAGCUACUAAAUGGGUUAAAUUAAGUAUUGAACUUUUGGUUUGUUUUAUACAUCCGCUGCCUUUUCUUAAUAUUUUCAUACCGACGAUCUCGGUCUCGAACACCAAUAUGGGAAGUAGCGUUCUGACAGCAAGAAACAUACCAAUUAACGCUAUAUUGACGAUAUUAAUGUUUCUUAGAUUGUAUCUCUUCGGGCGCUUCGUGGUCGUACAUAGCAAUCUAUUUCUGGACACUUCCGUACAAAGUCUGGGUGCUUUGAGCCGUGUAAAGAUCAAUGCUCAGUUUGUUUUCAGGGCUUUAAUGUCAUCGACCCCGGGUAUUGUUCUGGGAACAGUUAUGUUGAGUACGUUUUUAAUUAAUUCCUGGAACAUCAGACUAUGUGAAGUGUACACUGACCCCAAUAGUGAACUUGGUGAAUUUACUCAGGCCAUGUGGUUAACUGCAGUUACUUUUCUGACGGUCGGCUACGGUGAUUUAAUUCCACACAGCUACUGUGGCCGUCUUAUCGCCGGAUCAACUGGGUUAAUGGGAGUGGGUAUUAUGGCCCUUUCCGUCGCAGUACUUGCAAAGAAACUGGAACAAUCGCGCUCUGAAAAAUACAUCCAUACAUUUGUACAGCAAGUGGCACUAGAUAAAUGCGUGAAAAACGCCGCAUCCGACGUUGUCAAACAAACUAUACGAAUAUGGCGUCUAAAGAAAAAUGGUCACUACAAGGACACGACUUUAUUAAAACAUCGAAGUAAACUACUGCGCGCUAAACGGGUAAUGCAGGAGGCUCAGUUUACAAAGAGCCACUUAUCGGAAUGUAUGGUCGGUCCAGUUGAGUUAUCGACCGGUCUCAAUAACAUGUGCAAUGUCGUCACAACAGUCAAAGAAGAUCAAAAAGUUUUGGAACAAAGAAUAGCUAAUUUAGAGACUCUGGUAGUGAAUAUGAGCUGCCAAUUACAUGACGUACGAGAUAUGUUGAGGAAUAUGAAAUAA